GAUAUUCUGGCAUAAUCAUGAUUGUAGGAUUAUUCGGUAUCGCAAGACUUUAAUAAUUACACAUCGGAUCCCAUCCAGUGUGAGGGAGGGUGGGGGACAUCUAACUCCGGUGCCCCGAUUAGGGCCGCUGCAUUGCAAUCUGAAGCUUCUGCGAUCCAGUCCCUCUCCUCCUGUAGUUCCAUGGAUGAAGGGUUCCGUCCACUCGAAAGACCCCGAUCACCGCUUGGAGCAGUCAGGGCGCUGUGAUUGAGUCAUCAUGGAUGUGUCAGAUGGGACAGGCAGCGCGCGCACUUUACACUAGGAGCGCGAGGAGCAGCGAUCCAUUCACAGCACCGGCAUCUGGAGUUCAGCCUUGGGAACCUUGGAAGUUGAAGACAUCUCUGGCGAUUUACAUAAAAGAUGACAUGGCGUCCUCAGUACCGCAGCUCCAAGUUCCGGCACGUGUUUGGCAAGGCCGCCACCAAGGAGAACUGCUACGAUGGUGUCCCCAUCACCAGGAGCGUCCAGGACAACCACUUCUGCGCUGUCAACCCGUACUUCGUAGCGGUCAUUACGGAAUGUGCCGGCGGCGGGGCCUUCUUGGUCAUCCCCAUCCACCAUACAGGAAAGGUUGACCCCCACCUCCCUCGAGUGUGUGGCCACAGGGCAAAUGUGCUAGAUGUCAAAUGGGACCCGUUCGAUGACUUCUGCAUAGCCUCCUGCUCCGAAGACUGCACGGUUAAGAUUUGGGAUAUCCCGCAGCAAGGCCUGCUGAAGGACCUCACGACUCCCCGGAAGGAGCUCCAAGGCCACUCCCGGCGGGUGGGACUCAUCGAGUGGCACCCCACCGCCAGAAACGUGCUCUUCAGCACAGCUUACGAUUACAAGGUGAUGGUGUGGAACCUGGACACCACGGACAAGUUGGUCAAGAACCCAGUGAGGACCAUCUGUCUCCACGCCGACGUGGUCCUGUCCAUGUCCUUCAAUACCGACGGCAGCCGGUUGGCCACAUCCUGCAAGGACCGGAAGAUCCGAGUGAUUGACCCCCGAUCUGGUGUGCUCCUGCAGGAGGCGAGCUGCAAGUCGCACAAAGCCAACAAGGUGCUGUACCUGGGGAACGUGAAGAUGCUGCUCUCAACGGGGAAUUCGCGGUGGAACCAAAGGCAGAUCGCUCUCUGGGACCAGGAGGAUCUGUCUGUGCCUGUGUUAGAGGAAGACCUGGAUGGCUCCUCCGGGGUGCUCUUCCCUUUCUACGACCCUGACACCCACAUGCUCUACCUGGCCGGGAAGGGCGACGGCAACAUCAGAUACUACGAAAUUAGCCCAGAGAAGCCCUAUGUACAGUUCCUGAUGGAAUAUCGCUCAACUUUCCCUCAAAAAGGAAUGGGGUUAAUGCCCAAGCGUGGCUUGGAUGUACACACAUGUGAAGUUUUCAGGUUCUACAGGCUGGUCACCACCAAGAGCCUCAUCGAACCCCUGUCCAUGAUCGUCCCCCGGAGGUCAGAGUCCUACCAGGAGGACAUCUACCCCAUGACGGCUGGGUGCGAGGCGGCCAUGACAGCAGAUGAGUGGUUCACGGGGCUGGACAAAGGCCCUGUGCUGAUAUCGCUGAAGCCGAGCAGUGAACUACUAGAGACAACCCCGGUGAAGGCCCUUGGCAUCAUGCCGCACACAAAACAAAGUCUGAAUGCCAGCAACUUGCUGCCGCGAGCCUCUCUCGAGUGUAGGGAGGCAAAACCCUCAAGCGAGGACAAUGGCUGGACCUCGGUGUCUAACAGAUGCGAAGCCUUCAUUUCGCCACCCAAGACAGAAAGAGAGCUGCUCCAGCUGUUCUACCAGCAGCAGGACGAGAUCCGCCGGCUGCGAGAGGAACUCAACCAGAAGGAAGUGCGGAUAAAGCAGCUGGAGCUGGAGAUCAGAAAUGUAAGGAACUCCCUGGGGGCUUCAUGAAGGACCGAGCCUAUCUGUGUAUCUUACCUCUGGAUGGGACAGUACGGUAUUUCUGCUGCACCAGAGCUACAUCAUUUGUACAUUUUUCCCAACCUGUAAAUAAAUGUUUAGAUUUCAAGUCUCCUACUAAGACAUGGAUGAAGAGGAU